CAUCCAAACGAAUAACGUUAGGCGGCGAUAUUGAUCCACAUUUGCUCGCGGUCGGUUGUUAAAUCCAACAAAGGAGUGGAAAGAAACAAGGAAGUGGAGGUGUCAGGUGUCUUGUACCUCUCAAAACAUCAUGGAGUUUGCCGAGCUGAUCAAAACCCCUCGUGUGGAUGGAGUGGUCCUCCACCGACCCUUCAUGCCCACUGUGGAGGGAACUCUGUGUCUGACAGGACAUCACCUCAUCUUGUCUUCUCGCCAGGACAACACUGAGGAGCUCUGGCUGCUUCAUGCUAACAUUGACUCUAUUGAGAAAAGGUUUAUCGGAUCCCUGGGAACUAUUAUUGUAAAGUGUAAAGACCUGCGGGUGAUUCAGCUGGACAUACCUGGCAUGGAGGAGUGUCUUAAUAUUGCCAGCUCUAUUGAGGCUCUCUCCACGCUGGACUCUGUGUCCCUGAUGUAUCCGUUCUUCUACCGUCCUCUGUUUGAGGUCAUUGAGGAUGGAUGGCAGUUGUUUGUACCAGAGGAGGCUUUCAAAGAUCUGGAGUCUAUGACAGAUGAAUGGAGACUGAGUGAAGUAAAUAAAGACUUCAGCGUGUGCCCCUCGUACCCGUCCCUACUGACCGUGCCCAAAGACAUCGAUGAUGAAAGCCUCUGCAAAGCUGCUUCCUUUCGCCACGGUGGUCGUUUCCCUGUGCUCAGUUACUACCACAAGAAAAACGGCAUGGUGAUGAUGCGAGCAGCACAGCCACUAACAGGAACCAAUGGACGCCGCUGCAAAGAGGACGAGAAACUGAUCAAUGCCACGCUUUGUGCAGGGAAGCGAGGUUACAUCAUCGACACACGGACUGUAGCUGUAGCACAGCAGGCUAAAGCUCGCGGAGGAGGAUUUGAACAGGAAGCCAACUACCCUCAGUGGAGGAGGAUACAUAAAGCAGUAGAGAGGUCUAAUGUUCUGCAGGAGAGUCUGAUAAAGCUGGUUGAGGCAUGCAACGAUCAGUCGCACAGCAUGGACCGCUGGCUCAGUAAACUUGAAGCGUCCAACUGGCAGAGUAAUGUUAAGGAAAUCCUCACAACGGCCUGCCUGGCUGCACAGUGCAUCGACAGGGAAGGGGCGUCAGUUCUGGUUCAUGGCACAGAGGGCACUGAUUCGACAUUGCAGGUGACGUCUCUUGCCCAGAUCAUCCUCGAUCCGGCAUGCAGGACCAUCCGUGGCUUUGAGGUGCUGAUUGAGCGAGAGUGGUUACAGGCCGGUCACCCGUUCCAGCAGCGCUGUGCACAGUCCGCAUACUCAAACGGGAAGCCCCGAAGUGAAGCGCCCGUGUUCCUGCUCUUCCUGGACUGUGUGUGGCAGAUCCUACGGCAGUUCCCCUGCUCCUUCCAGUUCAACGAGAACUUCCUGAUCAUGCUCUUCGAGCACGCCUAUGCCUCACAGUUUGGCACUUUCCUCGGAAACAGCGUGGCCGAGAGGUUGAAGCUUCUGCUGUCUCAGAAAACUGUUUCUCUGUGGUCGUGGGUGAACAGACCUCAGGAGCUGGAGCGGUUUCUCAACCCACUAUAUGAGCCCAAUAACCUGGUCAUCUGGCCGUCUGUGGCUCCUCAGAGCCUGCUGCUGUGGGAGGGGGUAUUCCUUCGCUGGAAUCGCUCCUCAAAGUGUUUGGAUGAGGCUAAUCAGGAGAUGGUCCAUAUUAUAGAGUACAACAAGGAGCUGCAGAACAAAGUGAACAGCCUGCGCAGGCAGCUGGCCCAGCUCGAGACGGAGGACGGCCCACUGCAAACACCGUAGGACAUCAACAGAACUGUACACUUCUGAUUUGCCAUCUCUGUCUUACUGAAAUAAGCCUCACGCACAUGUAUCUACACUCCUCUGAUCAUACUCUUUCUUUCUGACUCCAUUGGUCGACAUUUAUCAAACACUAUGCUGCAUUUGUCUUAAUUAUUAUUUGUUUAAUGUAAAACACAUUAAAGUGAUUAGCAGGUUAUGAUAUGGAUGUCAUUUCACUAGAAAUUGUACAUUGUUGUUUUGGUUUACAUAUUCUCAACAAAAAAAAAGGAACUGCUGACGUGCCAUUUCUUAUUUCCAUUAUAAGUCCCGUGCAAUGAAGUGCAAUAGAAAAUACAAUUCUAAAAUGAAAUAAAAGGGAAAAUAUUGUACUCACUAUUGGAUGCUGGAAAUUCAUCAUUUGAAUAUAACACAGGUGGUUUAUAUAGUCUUUAAUGAUCUUUAACUCCUUCCAAAGAGACACUGAUCACUUGAUUAAAGAGAUAGCUCACCCAAAAAUCUCAAUUUGUUAAGUGUUUACUCACCCUCAAACCGUCCAUGAUGCAGAAGAGUUUGUUUCUUCAUCAGAACAGAUUAGGAGAAAUUUAGCAUUAAAUCACUUGCUCACCAAUGGAUCCUUUGCAGUGAAUGGGUGCCGUCAAUAUGAGAGUCCAAACAGCUGAUAAAACAUCUCCAUUAUCCACCAGUAAUCUUCGUGACUUUAGUCCAUCAGUUCAUGUAUUUUGAAGAGAAAACCUGUGUGUUUUAACGUUAAAGGGGUGAUUGAUUAUUAUUUCACUUUUUGAACAUUAGUGUGUAAUGUUGCUGUUAGAGUGUAAACAAUAUCUGCAAAAUUACGAUGCUCGGAGUUCAAUGCAAAGGGAGAUAAAUUAUUUUUAAAGAUAUCGCUGUUUAAGGACUACAAAUAAUUUCAUGAAGGGGCUACAACGAGCUUCUUCCUGGGUUUGUGACAUCACUAACCCUGAUGGUUACAUAAACCCCCGCCCCCUGGAACAUGCAACUACCCAUAAUGGUAAGGGGGUGUGACAUUUCCGCACAAUGUGCACUCGGUUGGUUAACGAAUCACAAACACACUAGCACGAUAACCAAUUAGAGCCCAUUUUGUAUUUCUGAGGGAGGGGCUUCAUAGAACCAGGACCUCAACAGACCGUUUUUUUAUGAGUAUGAAAACAGCGGUGUAGAAAAAAGGUCAAAUAUGUGACAAUAAUGGGCUUUUUUAAAAACUAAGCAUGAACACGUUACACUGCACCCCAUAAACAAAAUCAAGCUUUUGAAAUAAGCUGAUCAACCACCCCUUUAAACUUUUGCAAGUGCAAGUGAUGUAAUGCUAAAUUUCUCAAAAUCUGCUCUCAUGAAGAAGCAAACUCAUCUACAUCUUGGAUGGCCUGAGGGUGACACAUUUUCAUCAUAGGGUGAAUUGUUCCUUUGAGAAAUUGCCAAAUGUGAAGCUAUUUGCUUUUACAAAUGUAAGAUUGUUUGUAUACUGAUAAUAUUCAUAUUUGCAUGGAGUAAAAUUAUUGAGUAUAUAUAGUUUAAGAAUACAGAUUUUCUGUUAGUGAAAUUGUGAAUGUCAAAAUAAUGUGUCAUAAAUUUUCACCCACAACCUUUAAAUAUCUUUGUUACAUUGUUGUUUUGGAACAUCUAAAAAUAAGCCCAGUGGGAUUAUUACAGUUUCCGUUCUGCACAAAAGCAUUUCAUUUCCUCCAGUUCUCCAUGAGCGCCAUGAGCAUGGUCUUGUACCCAAAAAGUGUUUGCUGCAAAAACUCAUUUCACAUAUCAUUUAUGUAAAUAAAUCAAGAUAUAUACGCUCAAUGUGCCGUUAAAGGUUUUUGGGUUAACUUGUUUCGUAAAUAGGUGAAUAUUUCAAUAUAUUGUGUAGAGACUCCUGUAACCUAUAAAGGUAAUUUUAAUAUUCCACUGGGUUCUUACCAUCUAGUACUCUGAUGCGUUUAUGAAUGUGUUUUUGUUUAAGGUAGGUUUUGAUACUGGGUUUAGACAGUAGUUGGUGUUGUUAUUGUUUUGUUUCUCAUGUAUGAUUUUUUAUUAUUUCAUUUUGGCACUUCAGUAGCAUCAACUGACAUGCAUCAAGAUUCACUGUAUAAUUGUCCAUACAGCAUCAUGUCUUGCUUUACAAAAUAUGAUAUUGAUUAAAUGUUUAACUGAAAUAUGUUCUGUGGGCAUUAAAUGAUUGUUUAAUGUUUAA